GCUGUUUGUCGGCGCCAGAGAAGGGAGGAGGUACGGUCGUGGCCAAGACCGGGGCAGCCGGAGCCGACCAGACCUGACUCGAGCCCAGAGUUAGGCUCCAGUCCCGCGCGGACCGUAGGGCCCCAGAGUGGAUGGAGUAGGCCGAACCCUGAGAUCAACCCCAGCUUGUUCGGCCUGGCGUGGGGCCGACAGAGCGGGCAGGCGUGCCGAAGCCUCCCAGGGCCUUUCCUUCAGGUCCCCGGCGAGGGGCCUAAGCCCCGGCCCCGCGACCAGGCCCGGUUUGGCCCUUUGGGACCAGAGCCGAUCCGACCGGAAGUGGAGCCUUCACCGGGGCCAUAGGCCAGUGACUAGGCCAGACCCGGGCCUCCCGUCGGGGCCGGACGGGGACGAGGCCCCGGGGAGGCCCCUAGCCCGCUAGACCUUUCCCUCAGGCUGACGCCCGCCAGGAAGAUGCAGCGCGCCCUACCGGGCGCCCGCCAGCACUUGGGGGCCAUCGUGGCCAGCGCCAGCGUGGUGGUGAAGGCCCUGUGCGCGGCGGUACUAUUCCUCUACCUGCUGUCCUUCGCCGUGGACACGGGCUGCCUGGCGGUCACCCCAGGCUACCUCUUUCCUCCCAACUUCUGGAUCUGGACCCUGGCUACCCAUGGGCUAAUGGAACAGCAUGUGUGGGAUGUGGCCAUCAGCCUGGCCACAGUGGUGGUGGCUGGACGUUUGCUGGAGCCCCUCUGGGGGGCCUUGGAGCUGCUCAUCUUUUUCUCAGUGGUGAACGUGUCUGUGGGGCUGCUGGGGGCAUUCGCCUACCUCCUCACCUACAUGGCUUCUUUCAACUUGGUCUACCUUUUCACUAUCCGCAUCCAUGGCGCCCUGGGCUUCCUAGGUGGUGUCCUGGUGGCACUCAAGCAAACCAUGGGGGACUGUGUGGUCCUGCGAGUGCCCCAGGUGCGCGUCAGCGUGGUGCCCAUGCUGCUGUUGGGGCUGCUGCUACUGCUGCGGCUGGCCACGCUCCUCCAGAGCCCAGCUCUAGCCUCCUAUGGCUUUGGGCUGCUCUCCAGCUGGGUGUAUCUUCGCUUCUACCAGCGCCAUAGCCGAGGCCGAGGGGACAUGGCCGACCACUUUGCUUUCGCCACCUUCUUCCCUGAGAUCCUGCAGCCUGUGGUGGGGCUGUUGGCGAACUUGGUACAUGGCCUCCUGGUGAAGGUAAAGAUAUGCCAGAAGACAGUGAAGCGCUAUGAUGUGGGUGCCCCAUCCUCCAUCACCAUCAGCCUCCCAGGCACAGACCCUCAAGACGCAGAGCGGAGAAGGCAACUGGCCCUGAAGGCCCUCAAUGAGCGGCUGAAGAGAGUAGAGGACCAGUCCAUCUGGCCAAGCAUGGACGACGAUGAAGAGGAGGCUGGGGCCAAGGUGGACAGCCCCCUGCCCUCAGACAAGGCCCCCACACUCCCAGGGAAGGGGGCUGCCCCAGAAUCCAGCCUGAUCACCUUCGAGGCUGCUCCUCCAAAGCUGUAACUCCAAACCACCUUGAGUGUAGCACCUCCUCUCCCAAGCCCCCCUUGACAUCCUCUCAGCUACUCCAGGGCACUGACUGCUCUGAGGAGAGGGAAGAAGGCAUGCUAGGGGUUUCCACAGCCUUCUGCUAUUUCUCGCCAACACUACCCAGGACUCUUGCUACCUGGUUCCAAGUCCAGACAACCACUAUGCCAGGCAUGGGGCCUCUGAGGCAUCUGCCAGCCCAGGCCACCUGAGGUAAGACUGUAUCUCAGCAGGCAGCCCCAAGCAAGUGGCUGCAGAGACACUGGUGCCACAGCUCCUGGGCCAGCCCUUAUGCCUGAAAUUGGUUGCCGAGAGCCCUGAGCCAAGGCAAGGGAUUUGCCAAAAACAUUCUGGGGGUCCAGCCAGUGCAGGGCUGUGCAUCCCCCCCCACCCCCAGAAAGACUAUGCUCAUAUCAAGAUUCCUGAGUCCCUCUGCUGUGGCCAUGGCUGCUUCUGAGCCAGAAUAGCCACAGCUUCCAGGUAUUUUCUACAGGACCACUUGAGUGGGCAGCCAAGCCCAGCCUCGCAGUAUCAAUAAAGCAGUUCUUUGAGGUA